AUGCGAAUUGAAGGAUGGGCCAACUUCGAUUUAGAGUCACUACCCGUAAUAUCUUCGAUGGCACGGCGACAAUUGUUUUCACUGAUAAGAUCAAUAUAUGCGCUCGUAUUUUCUGGCCCAACCAUGCGGAUAGCAUCACCCGGAAUCAAAACCGACGGGAACAAGCGGAGAACAUCUGAAUCUUUAAGAGGUCGAGCCAACCCUGACAGGUACGCACACGUAAGGCUUCCGGUGACAGCUUUGGGGGUUUCGCGUGGACUAGUAGAGACGGCAGGCUCACUCGAGACUGCCUGUUCUGAUUUCGGCUUGCUUUCUACAGUUAACGCUGAAUAUGCUUCAAGCUGCAAGCGUGAAAUGGGCGUAAGACGCACAGGCGGGAAGGCACCGUCCGGACGCAAGGGUCGGGCUUUCGCGGAAAGAAGAAUUUCGAGAUCCUUGGCCGAAGGCAACGAAACCAGGGCACGUACUGAACCAGGUGUUUUGGUUGCACUUUUGUCGCCUGGAGCGAACGUGGCGAUAGUCACAUCAGAAGCCGAGAGACCAGGUGCACCAAGAAAGCGAACAAUUUCAGCUCUGUUAGUAUCCGGUGGUAAAUCAGCAACCUCCAGACAUCCGUCAGCGUGGUGCGGAGGAGUGACAGGUUGA